GUCAUUCUUGUACACAUCCGAAUAUCAUUCAAAUGUUUCAGAGACUGAUUUACAUUCAUGUAAAUAGGAGGGUUCUGAUUGGUUGGCACAGUGAGACAGGUUAUUUUUAGGUGGCUUCUAUGCUGUCACUGUGAUUACAAGACAGAUAUCUCAGCAAUGUUUCCUCUGAGAUCCUCUCCAUGUUGGGUUCUGUUUUGGCAUAUAUUUUGGGGUCAAUGAUGGGGGGCGACUUUUCUCAGCAUCAGUACUGUUUUCCAAGCAGUAAUACUUCAUGUAUUAAGGCACAGUUAGGUGUGGGGACUAACUUUGCCCUGUAUUUGCUUUUUGCUUUAGGCAUGCUGGUUACCAUUUUAGGGAACUCUGUUGUCAUUGUGUCAGUUUGUCAUUUCAAACAGUUGCAUAGUCCUACCAAUGUGUUCAUUUUAUCUCUUGCUUUGGUUGAUCUACUAGUGGGUGUUAUGGUGAUGCCCUUCAGCGCCAUCCGGACUGUUACUGGCUGCUGGUUCUAUGGUGAGGACUUCUGUCUGCUGCACUCCAGUUUGGAUGUGUUUCUCACCACUCUUUCUAUCUUUCAUCUAGUUUGCAUUGCUGUCGAUAGACAUCAAGCAAUAUGUAAUCCUCUGCAUUAUUCUAGAAAAAUCACAAUGUCAGUGGCUGUGAUGAUGGUAUGUAUCAGCUGGGCACUGGCUGCUGUUUUCUCUUAUGGACUGCUUUAUUCAAAAGCCAAUAUAGCUGGGUUAGAGGAUUAUAUGGCAUCAAUAAACUGCCUCGGCAGUUGUUACCUUCUCUUUAACCCCCUUUGGGGAAUCUUGGACAGCAUGAUCUGUUUUUUCUUUCCCUGCACUGUAAUGGUUUGUCUUUACACUCAAAUAUUCUUUGUGGCCAAAGAGCAUGUAAGAAAGAUUGGAGAUAAGAGUACCUGUUCAAAUGACAAAGGAAGAGGAGGGUCGAUAAAGCAGUCUGAGUGCAAGGCAGCAAAGAUUCUAGGUAUUGUGCUCGGUGCAUACAUCGUUUGUUGGAUGCCCUUUUUUAUAAAUUCAAUAAUUGAUACCUACACUGGCUUCAGCACACCUGCUGCGAUCUUUGAAGCAAAUGUUUGGUUAGGUUACUUUAAUUCAACCUUAAACCCAAUUAUUUAUGCUUUGUUUUAUCCCUCCUUCAAAAAAUGUUUUCAUUGUAUUAUCACAAUGAAAAUAUUUAGUUCAAAUUCCUCAAAUAUGAAUUUAUCUGUUAAUUGA